CCUCUCCGCCGCCCUCCCUCCUUCUCCUCGCGGGCAGGUGAAGACCUUUCAUCUACCAUGGCAUCAAGGCUUGUUCCAAAAGUGACUUCCAAAGAGGGAGAAUCUCAGUGCAAGGAGAAACAUGCAGUUCUGCUUAGUCCUGUGGGAAAACUCAAGAUAUCUGGGUGUGAAAGAGGCUUACAUGAAAUAAAACUUCCAAAAAUGAGCGUGCUGCCAAGUGGCAGGGCAGAGUCCUCGGCCGCUUGCGAGGUGUGCGAAGGCGCGGAGGAGAUGACGGAGCCGCUGAAGCAGUGCAUGGCCUGGCUGCACGCCUACUUCUGCGAGCCGGCGAGGACGGCGAGCCUUCCCGUGCCGGCCUUCCACCACCCGCUGCUCCGACGAGAUUCGUUCACCAGACAAGUGUUGUGGACCCUGUUGAGAGACGUGAAGUUUGGAGAGGCCGUUUCCUACAAGCAAUUAGCAGACCUUGCAGGCAACAGCAGAGCAGCGAGAGCGGUGGGAGGAGCAAUGAGGAGCAAUCCUAUCCCGAUUAUAAUACCGUGCCACAGGGUGAUUUGCAGCAGUGGGCAGACCGGCAACUAUGGAGGAGGAAGCCUUAUGAAAGAGUGGCUUUUGUCGCACGAGAAGCUCGAGAAAGAGAAGUUAGCAUAUUGAUGCAGCUCAGCCACGGCUGCUACCGAGCCAAGACAUACAACCGCAGAUACUUGGCUUAUAACAAGCUCUCCGAGCACCCAGCAGAAUUCAGAAAAAUGGUAAAUAUUUGAGUGACAUAUAAAUAUAAUGCAACAUCCGAAGUGAAAUGUGUGGUGGCACCACUGUAUUAAAAAAGCGGGAUGCGUCCUGAGGGAUGCAGCUCGUCUGCCCUUUCUUGUUUUUACAUUUUACAGCAGAAUGACUACAGCGGUCCAGGCCUGUUGUGCGUGGAUUUUGUUCCCAUCUCCCCUCCUGUUUUGUUCUAUUUUUAAUGUCCAUUAAAGCACGGAUAAGGGAGUGGGAGGGACGUGGCAAAUGGGAGGUGCAAGCCUCCCCCUAAGGAAGUGACUGCCUGGCGGGGGGGCAGCCAGCGAGCCCAAGCCUGCGCCUGUGCCCGCUCCUGCCCAGCCUGGCACGCUUGGCCCCGCCAGCCUCCUGCCCAGGACUCCCCUCGCCUCGGUGCUGCCUGAAACGGUGUUUUACGGAAAGAGGCGUUAGGGGGGCACGUUGAGAUGCAUGCAAAAGCAAGCGGCUGUCGAAGUGCUGGAUUCCCGGCUUUUCUUUUCGGAUUGCGAGAGACGGGAGUAAAAAUUUUUGCCUCUGUGAAUGGUGCAGAAAGCAGGUGGCAGAGAAGCCGCUGACAAAUUGUAUGAAGAGUAUCUUUGAAAUAAGCAGUUUGAUUAGCGCAACUUAGGCAAAAUACUGGAAAGCUCAUCACGGUUGUAUCUUUAUCAGCAGCACCUUUCCUUUUAUCGUUUGAUUUUUGUCCUUUAGAUUUUUGCAUUUCUCUGUUAUGCGAAGCUUUAUUUCCCAGAGCCUCUCCGUAGAAAGGAUUCAGGUUUUCAAGAGACAUUAAAGCUAAAUUUUGAGGUGGUUUAAGCAGGGUUCUCUGCAAGUAUGAGCCACCAGAAGCUGAAAUUUUCAGUAUGGGAAUCGUAAAUUCUAACAUGGAAAUACUGAUUUUUUUAUGUGUUUUAUCAUAUUUUCAUAGAUGUCUCUUUAGAAAGGCCAUUGCUAACCAAAAAAUUAUUGCGUUACGGUGCGUUAGUUAAUAUAGUAUUAUUGAUAUCUCAGAAUUACUUCAAUAAAAAAACUG